GGGAGCCGUUGGAGCGCCUACUCGGCGGCGACAUCUCAAACGGCUCUCUCCUUCCCCCCCGCUCCCUCCCGCGUACAAAUUCUCCCCCAAUUCCAAACCCUAAAUCCACGCACCCCCACAGCUCCAGACCCACCCACCACCGCCAUCCCCCCACGCCCAUCCCCAAACCCACCGCGAGCGAGGACCGGAUCCGGGCGAUGGCGACGCUCCAGCACCAGCCGAAGCCGGCGGCGGCGGCGGCGCCGUCGACGACCACGGGCGGCGGGCUGCGCGCCAUGGACCUGUACGAGAAGCUGGAGAAGGUGGGCGAGGGCACGUACGGGAAGGUGUACAAGGCCCGGGAGAAGGCGACGGGCCGGAUCGUGGCGCUGAAGAAGACCCGGCUCCCGGAGGACGACGAGGGCGUGCCCCCCACCGCGCUGCGGGAGGUCUCACUGCUGCGGAUGCUGUCGCAGGACCCGCACGUGGUGCGCCUCCUCGACCUCAAGCAGGGCGUCAACAAGGAGGGCCAGACCAUCCUCUACCUCGUCUUCGAGUACAUGGACACCGACCUCAAGAAGUUCAUCCGCAGCCACCGCGCCAACCACGAGAAGAUCCCCGCGCUCACUGUCAAGAUCCUCAUGUACCAGCUCUGCAAGGGUGUGACCUUCGUCCACGGCCGCGGGGUGCUGCAUCGCGACCUGAAGCCGCACAACCUACUCAUGGACCGCAAGACCAUGGCGCUCAAGAUCGCUGACCUCGGCCUCAGCCGCGCAGUCAUCGCCCCUCUCAAAAAGUACACCCACGAGAUCCUGACGCUGUGGUACAGGGCGCCCGAGGUUCUUCUUGGCGCCACGCACUACUCCACGCCGGUUGAUAUGUGGUCCGUGGGCUGCAUAUUCGCCGAGCUGGUCACUAACAACCCACUCUUCCCCGGGGACUCGGAGUUGCAGCAGCUCCUGCACAUCUUCAAGCUGCUUGGCACCCCCAAUGAGCAGGUGUGGCCAGGCGUUGGCAAGCUCCCCAACUGGCAUGAGUACCCGCAGUGGAAGCCCACGAAGCUCUCCACCCUUGUCCCCGGUCUCGAUGCCGACGGCUACGAUCUGCUCGGGAAAAUGCUGGAGUACGAGCCGACGAAGCGGGUCUGUGCAAAGGCGGCCCUGGAGCACCCGUACUUCAACGAUGUGAACAAGGACCUGUACUGAAGCGAUUGGAACCCACCGAGCGAGCCUUCAUCAUUUGGGGGGGGGGGGGGGGGCACAGCUUCUAUAACUUGUACUGUAGCUUGGUUGGUGUGUUAACAUGAUCCCCCUGCUGAAGGCUGAAGCAAUGCUUUUGCUUCCAGUGCAGUAGUAGCGUAUGCCUGUUUUUCUAGCUGCUGCUUUCCUUUGUGUUGUGCCAUUCAGUUAACUCGCUAAAGGACGAAUUUCAGCAUAAGUUAACUCGCAUUUGACGAGUGAAAUGAUGUUUCUUUGCACUUGGAGCUGGAAAUCCUGGAAUCAUCUUCGAUUUUGUUUUGUAAAACUUCCUUUUUAUCGUGCCUUGACGGCUGUAUUGGGGAAGUGGUUCAGCUCUGUUUGUCUGGCAAUUGUUUGUGUAGCAGCAGCCUCAUAAUCGUUGCAGCUCAUCGCCUAUCGGGUGAGGAGAGCGCGGCAGGCUACCUGAUAGCAGCAACAUUGGCAAUCUUAGGGAAUUCAUAAAAGCUGCUUACGUGGAGAGAAGGUAUGCUGGUGGGAGGUUUUCUGAAAGGCCUUCAAGAGAUAAACUGGUAAAUUUGAUUGGAUCUUAGAAGUCUAGUUGUUACCCUGUCUGAAAAUUAUCCAUUAUUAUCAUUCUGGCAUUUUGACUAUCAGAGGCUUCAGCAAGCCUACUGCUAUAUUCACUGAAUACCUAUAGAGGUGUAUUUGUUAUUAAAGCUCAUUUAUGUUUUAUUUACUAAGUAAAGCCUUCUUAUAAUGUACCUUUCCUAGCAUAUUUUGUAGCAAUGCAUCUUUCUGAGGUAAAUGAUAUUCCAUCUUGCAGAACGCUGAAAGCUUGCAGAAGCUUGUUUUUCUCUCCUUUCGAGCUUUCCAUUGUAUCAUGGAAAGCCAUAGCUUUUGGCCCACGAAAAGCUAAACUUGAAAGCUUGCCGUUUGUUUGGGAUUUCGACUUCUGGGACGAGAAGCUAGCUGAAAGCCCAAACAAAUAGGACCUCAGUAGGGUGAUAAGAAGGCUUAAGACAGUAUUAUUCUUGCGAUGAGUGAUGGAUGUAAAAUGGCACGUUGGCUUGCAAGAUUGACGCAUCUACGGUAUUACUUUUGGA